CGAGGUCGGGGGCGGAGUCACGGAGCCUGGCGUGCUGAGCGCUUCUGACUGGCCGUGGCAAUGGACCUGGCCUACGUCUGCGAGUGGGAGAAAUGGCCCAAGACCACGCACUGCCCGUCGGUGCCCCUGGCAUGCGCCUGGUCCUGCCGCAACCUCAUUGCCUUCACCACUGACCUGCGGAGUGAUGACCAGGACCUGAGCCGUACAAUCCACAUGCUGGACACAGAGCACCCCUGGGACGUGCACUCCAUCAGCUCUGGCCACAGCGAGACCAUCACCUGCCUGGAGUGGGACCAGUCCGGCUCCCGGCUGCUGUCGGCGGACGCUGACGGACAGAUCAAGUGUUGGACCAUGGCCGACCACCUGGCCAACAGCUGGGAGAGCCUUGUGGGCAGCAGGGUGGAUGGGGACCCCAUUGUGGCCCUGUCCUGGCUGCACAAUGGCGUAAAGUUAGCCCUGCAUGUGGAGAAGUCGGGCGCCUCCAGCUUUGGGGAGAAGUUUUCUCGGGUCAAGUUCUCCCCGUCGCUCACGCUGUUCGGGGGCAAACCCAUGGAGGGCUGGAUCGCCGUGACGGUCAGUGGCCUGGUCACCGUGUCCCUGCUCAAGCCCAGCGGGCAGCUGCUCACGGCCACCGAGAGCCUGUGCCGGCUGCGCGGCCGCGUGGCCCUGGCCGACAUCGCUUUCACGGGCGGCGGCAACAUCGUGGUGGCGGCAGCCGAUGGCAGCAGCGCCUCGCCCGUGCAGUUCUACAAGGUGUGCGUGAGCGUGGUCAGCGAGAAGUGCCGCGUGGACACGGAGAUCCUGCCCUCGCUCUUCAUGCGCUGCACCACCGACCUCAACCGCAGGGACAAGUUCCCUGCCAUCACGCACCUCAAGUUCCUGGCCCGGGACAUGUCAGAGCAGGUCCUGCUGUGUGCCUCCAGCCAGACCAGCAGCCUGGUGGAGUGUUGGUCGCUGCGGAAGGAGGGGCUGCCCGUGAACAAUGUGUUCCAGCAGAUCUCCCCAGCCGUGGUGGACAAGCAGCCCAUGAUCCUGAAAUGGCGGAUCCUUUCGGCCACCAACGACCUGGACCGCGUGUCGGCCGUGGCGCUGCCUAAGCUGCCCAUCUCGCUCACCAACACUGACCUCAAAGUGGCCAGUGACACCCAGUUCUACCCUGGGCUCGGGCUGGCACUGGCCUUCCAGGAUGGCAGCGUCCACAUUGUACAUCGGCUGUCCCUGCAGACCAUGGCCGUCUUCUACAGCUCAGCCACCCCGCGCUCCGUGGAUGAGCUGGCUGUCAAGCGGCCACGGACCACGGGUCCCGCCAUCCACUUCAAGGCGAUGCAGCUCUCCUGGACUUCCCUGGCCCUCGUGGGCAUUGACAACCACGGGAAGCUGAGCCUGCUGCGUGUCUCACCCUCCAUGGGCCACCCACUGGAUGUGAGCCUAGCCCUGCGGCACCUGCUUUUCCUGCUCGAAUACUGCAUGGUGACGGGCUACGACUGGUGGGACAUCCUGUUGCACGUGCAGCCCAGCAUGGUGCCCAGCCUCGUGGAGAAGCUGCAUGAGGAGUACACACGCCAGAGCGCCGCCCUGCAGCAGGUCUUGUCUACCCGCAUCCUCGCCAUGAAGGCCUCACUGUGCAAGCUGUCACCCUGUACGGUGACGCGCGUGUGUGAUUACCACACCAAGCUCUUCCUCAUCGCCGUCAGCUCCACCCUCAAGUCCCUGCUGCGCCCCCAUUUCCUCAACACGCCCGACAAGAGCCCCGGCGAUCGGCUGGCCGAGAUCUGCGCCAAGAUCACCGACGUCGACAUCGACAAAGUCAUGAUCAACCUCAAAACAGAAGAGUUUGUCCUGGACAUGAACACGUUGCAGGCCCUGCAGCAGCUGCUGCAGUGGGUGGGCGACUUCGUCCUCUACCUGCUGGCCAGCUUGCCCAACCAGGGCUCCCCACUGCGGCCGGGUCACAGCUUCCUGAGGGACGGCGCCUCACUGGGCAUGCUGCGCGAGCUCAUGGUGGUGACACGCAUCUGGGGCCUGCUGAAGCCCAGCUGCCUGCCUGUGUACGCGGCCACCUCGGACACGCAGGACAGCAUGUCCCUGCUCUUCCGCCUGCUCACCAAGCUGUGGAUCUGCUGCCGCGAGGAGGGCCCGGCCAGCGAGCCGGACGAGGCCCUGGUGGACGAGUGCUGCCUGCUGCCCAGCCAGCUGCUCAUCCCAGGCCUGGACUGGCUGCCCGUGAGCGACGGCCUGCUCAGCCGCCUGCAGCCCAAGCAGCCGCUGCGCCUGCAGUUCGGCAAAGCACCCACCCUGCCGGGCAGCGCCACCACCCUGCAGCUGGAUGGCCUGGUCAGGGCUCCAGGCCAGCCCAAGAUCGACCACCUUCGCAGGCUACACCUGGGCGCCUACCCCACGGAGGAGUGCAAGGCCUGCACCAGGUGCGGCUGUGUCACCAUGCUCAGGUCCCCCAACAAGGCCACGGCUGUGAAACAGUGGGAGCAACGCUGGGUCAAGAACUGCCUGUGUGGGGGGCUGUGGCGCCGGCUGCCCCUCAGCUGCCCGUGACCACAGCCCACGGACACUCUGCACGGCCCCUCAGCUCCUCGCUGUCCCAUGGGACUGGGACCUGGAGGAAGGCAGGGAUGGGCCAGCCCAAUAAA